AGUUUUCACAGACAGUCUACGAACUACCGACAUGGCCCGUACCAAGCAAACCGCCCGCAAAUCUACCGGAGGCAAGGCUCCCAGGAAGCAGUUGGCCACCAAAGCCGCCCGCAAGAGCGCACCGGCGACCGGAGGAGUGAAGAAACCCCAUCGUUACCGUCCCGGUACCGUGGCUCUCCGUGAAAUCCGUCGUUACCAGAAGAGCACCGAGCUGUUGAUCCGCAAAUUGCCGUUCCAACGUUUGGUCCGCGAGAUCGCCCAAGACUUCAAGACCGACUUGCGUUUCCAGAGCUCGGCCGUCAUGGCUCUGCAAGAAGCCAGCGAAGCAUACUUGGUCGGUCUGUUCGAAGACACCAACUUGUGCGCUAUCCACGCCAAGCGCGUUACCAUCAUGCCCAAGGACAUCCAGUUGGCUCGCCGUAUUCGCGGAGAACGUGCUUAAUCGUCUCAAUACUCUACAAAUCCUCUUUAAAACGGCCCUUUUCAGGGCCACUACAUGCGUUAAAAUUAUUUCUCUAUCGACCUUACAGCGGGCGCCGCGCUGUUGAUAAAAUUAAUACAACAG